CGUAGGUAUCUCAGAUCUACGAUCGAAUCAGCUCCGCAGCUCCUCCAAACAAAAAAAAAAAAGAAAAAGAAAAAGAAAAAACCCUAAGCUCUCUCGAUCUUUCUCUCGGGAUCUAAGCUUCUCGUUCAAAUCAUAAACACUCGAGAAUCAAGAUGGGGUCCAGAUCUCGCAACGAAAACUUUCAAUCCGGCGAUGGCGCUAGCCCAGGGAAAAUAUUCAUCGGAGGAUUACACAAAGACACCACUAACACUGAGUUCAAUAAGCACUUUGGAAAGUACGGAGAGAUUACAGACUCGGUGAUAAUGAGGGAUCGGCACACUGGGCUACCUAGAGGUUUCGGUUUCAUCACCUUUGCUGAUCCUUCUGUUGUCGAUCAAGUCAUCGAAGACACUCAUACCUUCAAUGGCAAACAGGUUGAGAUCAAGAGGACGAUUCCGAAAGGUGCUGGUAGUGGUGGUGGUGGUGGGAAUCAGUCUAAGGAUUUCAAGACUAAGAAGAUUUUCGUUGGUGGUAUACCCUCUUCUGUUACUGAAGAUGAGCUUAAGGACUUUUUUGCCAAGUAUGGGACCAUAGUGGAGCACCAGAUUAUCCGAGACCAUGAAACAAACAGGUCUCGAGGUUUCGGUUUUGUGAUUUUCGACAGCGAGGAGGUUGUUGAUGAGUUGUUGUCCAAAGGAAACAUGGUCGACAUGGCAGACACUCAGGUGGAGAUCAAGAAAGCCGAACCAAAGAAAUCUUCGAACCUUCGUUCACCUCCUUCUUAUGGUAGUCACCCUAGAGGCCGUUCUUCCUUUAACGAUAGUUAUGGUGGCGCUUACGGUGGACCUUACGGAGGUUUUGAUGGAGGGUAUGGUCCUCCUCCAGGUCCAAUUAGGUCGCAUGGAGGUCCUCCUAGUAGGUUUCCUGGGGGGUAUGGGUAUGGUCGUGGCGGUGUAGGCCCUGAGUUUGGAGGAGGGUAUGGUGGCUAUGGGGGUGCUAGUUUAGGUUACAGGAGUGAACCACCCCUUGGCUAUUCUAGUCGUUUUGGACCCUAUGGCAGCGGGUUUGGUGCUGAGGGUUAUGGAGCCGGUGGUGGUGGUUAUGGUGGUGGUGGAUAUGGUCGUGGAGGAGGGGAAGGCUACGGGGGAUAUGGUGGUGGCCCAGGUUAUGGUGGGGGAUAUGAAUCAGGUGGCCCAGGUGGAAGUUAUGAAGGAGCAGGUGCUCCUGGUCCAUAUGGCAGAGGUUAUAGUAGCAGUAGUCGAUACCAUCCAUAUGCAAGAUAGGCUCGAAACCGUUCAGAUCCUUUUGGUAGACGCUAUUUCUCUAGAUUCGCGUAGGUGCAUGCUAUAGAGGAAACUAGAGUUAUCUCAUGUAGCGGCCACAUCAGGAAGGAUUUGAUAAGGACAGGGAAGAGCAUCUUAAAGUUUUUAAUUGCCAUAUUAGACAUAUUCUAGUUUGUGUGUGUUAUGUUUAACUUAAGUUUUGCUUCUUUUCUAUCUCUCAGACUUAGAUUGUGUUAUCUAGACUUUAGCAUAUUUGGGAUUUGGAGUGUAUUUGUCACUGUCAUAAGAAUGAUCAGCUGGUAGUCUCUUGUUAGAUGAUCAGUAACUCGCUUUAAGUAA